AUUCGAGUCACGCCGGUCGGCGACGACGUGUCGCGUCAUGACUCAAGCGACGAGUUGUUAGACGCGUCCGGUUCCGGGGGUGCUGUUCCCGCGAUCCCUUGACACUCCUGAGACCUAAAAGUGGGGGAUGGCUCUACGCUGCUGGGACGCAGCUCGCAGCCUGGGGUCCCGGAUAUUUGGAAGAUAUGCGUGCACGGUUAGAGCAUUAAGUUCUUUGCCAGAUAAGAAAAAGGAAUUUUUGCAUAAUGGACCAGACCUUCAAGAUUUCGUAUCUGGUGAUCUUGCAGACAAGAGUACAUGGGAUGAAUAUAAAGGAAACUUAAAGCGCCAGAAAGGAGAAAGGUUAAGACUACCUCCAUGGUUAAAGACAAAGAUACCCAUGGGUAAAAACUACAAUAAACUGAAAAAUACAUUACGGAAUUUAAAUCUCCACACAGUGUGUGAGGAAGCCCGGUGCCCCAACAUUGGAGAGUGUUGGGGAGGUGGGGAAUAUGCCACAGCCACAGCCACGAUCAUGUUGAUGGGGGACACAUGCACAAGAGGUUGCAGAUUUUGUUCCGUUAAGACCGCAAGAAAUCCCCCUCCGUUGGAUGCCAAUGAGCCCGACAAUACGGCCAAAGCAAUUGCAGAGUGGGGUCUGGACUAUGUUGUCCUGACGUCGGUGGAUCGAGAUGAUGUGGUCGACGGGGGAGCUGAGCACAUCGCCAAGACCGUGUCGUGCCUGAAGGAAAGGAAUCCAAAAAUCCUCGUGGAAUGCCUCACCCCAGACUUCCGAGGUGAUCUGAGAGCAGUGGAAAAGGUGGCUCUGUCUGGAUUAGAUGUGUAUGCACAUAAUGUGGAGACUGUUCCGGAGUUACAGAGGAAAGUUCGUGAUCCCCGGGCCAAUUUUGACCAGUCUCUUCGUGUACUGAAACAUGCCAAGGAGGUCCAGCCAGAUGUUGUUUCCAAAACAUCGAUAAUGCUGGGCCUUGGUGAGACAGACGAGCAAGUCUAUGCCACACUGAAAGCUCUCCGUGCAGCCGACGUGGACUGUUUAACUCUAGGGCAGUACAUGCAGCCAACGAAGCGCCACCUUAAGGUUGAAGAAUAUGUUACUCCUGAGAAGUUCAAAUACUGGGAAAAAGUAGGGAAUGAACUUGGAUUUCUCUAUACGGCAAGUGGUCCUUUGGUGCGAUCUUCAUAUAAAGCAGGUGAAUUUUUCCUGAAAAAUCUAGUGGCUAGAAGAAAAACAAAAGCUUCUAACGUGUAGCCAAGCCCUUCAAGAUCACAGGAGUGUUGCGAUUUUGCUUCCAGUUGGUGUGAGGGUGGUGUCAUCCUGUCAGGAUUCCUGUGCAUGCAAGCCAACACCGUUCUGAAGGGUCUGAUGGCUGAUCCAGGAAUGGCAUAUACCUGUAAUUCCACCCAGGACAAAAAAAAAAGGAAAAGAGAAAAGAAGGAAGAAAAGAAGCCUAUAACCCUGUAAGCUACACAUAUUUAGUGAUAAUUCAUGGACUUCUUGCCGGCCUUUGUCCUCAUCCUUGUCAGUGAUGACGUGAUCACAGAACAUCUUGGAACGGCUUGCUGUUGCCAUUGUAAUUUAAAAGUCUAUGAACAUUUAGAAGACCUUAUAAAUUACAGUAACCCAUGUGAAAUGUCUUUUCUUAAAAAGAUUUAUUUUAUUUUUA